AUGACAAGCCCCGAGGUACCCGUAGAGCACGUUGACGUGCUGGUGAUAGGCGGGGGACCAGCCGGUCUCAUUACCGCGUAUCAACUUGCACGCAACCUUGACCGUUCAGAAUACCGAAUCAAAAUCAUUGAGAAGCAUGUUAAAUCAUCGCAAGAUCAGUAUGGCCGCGCCAUUACCCUCUUCCCCCGCAGCUCAGAGAUGCUCGAGCAACUUGGCCUUGCAGACUCUCUCGCCCAGCAAUGCUUCGCCUGCCGUGAGACGGCCAAUUACGAUCGACAUGGCAAUGAAGUUGAGGGUAGAGGCUGGGCAUUUAUGCAAAACAUGAAAGAUACGAAUUGGGACUUUGCGCUGGUAUUGCGGCAAAAGUAUCAAGAAGAUGUAUUCCGGACUGCAAUGAAGAAAGAAGGCGUCGAGCUGCAAGCACCGUACACACUGGUCGAUAUCCAGGUACUACAAGACGUCAAUCCCGGCGGAUAUAGAAUCCUAGCCACAAUCGAGCACAGCGAAACAAAAGACCAAAGCAUAGUAAAAUGCCGGUACCUAAUCGGCGCCGACGGAGGCAAAUCCUUUGUCCGUCGCACCCUCAACAUCCCCUUCGACGGCACCUCGACUGAAGACAAAUGGAUUCGCAUCGACGGCGUCCUCGAAACAAACCACCCCAAACCCCGUACCUACUGCGCCAUUGAAAGCCCAACACACGGUAACGUGCUUUGGGCACCCCUCGACCGCGGUGCCACACGCAUCGGCUUUGCCUUUACGAGCGCGCGCCAAAAAGCUUAUGCUGAAUUCACUCAGGAGGCCGCUGAAAAGGAAGCCAUUGAAGCCGUAAAACCGUUCUCCAUCCACUUCAAACAAGUAGACUGGUGGACCAUCUACGUAGUAGGCCAACGCAUCGCCCGCUCCUUCUUCGUGCACGACUGCAUCUUUCUAGUCGGUGACGCAUGCCACACGCACAGCAGCGGGGCAGCUCAAGGCAUGAACACUGGGAUCCACGAUGCCGUCAACCUAGCUUGGAAGUUAUCGCUUGUAUUAAAGGGUAUUGCUUAUCCCGGCCUCCUGAACUCGUAUGAAGCAGAGCGUCUACCCAAUGUACAGCGCUUGAUUAAUUACGACAAGGAUAUUUCACGGCUUAUGACGAUGCAGUUGCCCGAGGGGUGGAAGGGGAAUCCGGAUGCGGAUCCGAAUGAGGUUCUCGGUACUGUUAUGGCGGAGGCAGCGGGGUUUAGUAGUGGAUUAGGCAUUUUUUAUGAGCAAGAUGGGUAUUUGAAUGUUGGUACUUGUACCGAGGACAUGGCGUCUGUGUCGAGGGCAGUGCAGGCGGGGCAGAGGGCACCGGAUGUUAAGCUCACUAAGCCGGGGACGUGGGAAGGGACGCGAUUGCUGGCUCAGACGCCGAAUUUUGCGGGGUUUUAUGUGUUGGUUUUUACGGGGGAGGUGGAGGGGAAGAGGGAGAGGCUUGGGGAGUUUGCGGGAGCGGUGGGGAGAGCAGCGUGGGUGAGUGGUGGUGAAGUGCCGGUGUCGUGGAUUACGGUUGUUUCUGGACGGGGUGUAUCGUCUGCGUAUGAGGCGUUGGGUGGUAUGAUGCCGUUUGGGCGUGUGUUUUAUGAUGAGGAUGACAGUGCAGUUUCAAGGUAUGGGGUUGAUAAGGAAAAAGGUGGUAUAUUUGUCUUAAGGCCCGAUGGAUGGGUGGGUAUGGUUUUGGCAUUGGAUGGGUCUGCUGGAGAGAGGCUUGACGGGUAUUUUGGGGGGUUCUUGGUGGGAGUGGGAGACAAAAAGAUGGCGAGGUUGUAG